AAAAUGAGGAGAUUCGAAAUCUCUUCGAUCCGGUGGAGAUAUCGGUAAAUCUUCAGAUCUCUGAUUUUGGUUUUCCGAUCGGGAUGUUUCAGAUCUUUCUAAAGUCUGCGUUUUUUCGAUUUUGGGGAUUAGGGUUUGGUUGAUCUUGUGAUCUCGAGAGGAAGAAGUCUCCGAACAGCCUUGUCGUCGAUGAGGCUUCAACGAUGAUAACUCCGUCGUAUCUCUUCACCCUGCAACCAUGGAGAAGGUUCAGCUCUUCCGUGGUGAUACCAUUCUCAUCAAGAUGUCGAGAGAAGCAGGGAAAGAAGUUGUGAACAGAAAGCUCAAUGCCAUAAACAAACUCUUGAUGGAAGAGAGUGAUCGUUUGCAGAGUUGAUAUAAAACUCAAAUUCUAUGAAACAUUUUGUUUGAAAGUUGUUAUCUCUCUUUUGUUGUCUUAUAGCAAUUCCAACUCAUGUCUGAUUUAGCAUAUCCUCUGAUUUCUAUGUGUGAUCAAUGCUUGAAUAAGUAAGACUUCUUUCA